UAUAUCUACUGUGUACAUUCACUCAGAACCAACACACUCGCUUCACCCUCAGCAGUCGAACAAAGAAAACGUGUGUGUCUUCAGAGGAAAUUAUCUGAUCGACCAAAGAAAUCUUACUUCUACAACCUAUCCUGCGUCUCACGUGCUCGUUGUCAGUAUCAUCCACCACCAUGGAGAGAAGAGACAGCCAACCCAGCUGGGCGGACAUCAUGGAAAUGGAGGACAUUUCCUUUGAUGAGGAAAAUAAAAAAUUAAAGGCUGAGCUCCAAGAGGCCAAAGACGAGAUCAGACGCAAAGAAAACAAAAUCAGCUGUCUUCAGCGCAACCUCUCUGCUCUAGAGGAAAAUUACUACACAGCUAUCAAGAAAGAGCGUGAGAAGGCAGAGCAUGAACUGAAAAAGAAAGAAGAGGAGAUCUUCUAUGUAAGAAAGAGGCUCCACGCUCAGAGCAAAGAAACAGAGAGGGUGAGAGCAUCUCUUGAUGAAUGGAAAAAGUCCACCAAACUGAACAGUGUGGAAGAAAAGUGGCAGAGGAAAGUCAGCCAGCUUGAGGAACUCCUCCUACAGAAAGAUAAGCUGGUCAGGCAGGCUGAUAACAAAAGAAGAGCCCGUGCUAAGGCUCACAUUGAUACCUUGGCCCAGCUGGGUGUCACAGAGUCAGCUUUGAAACAGAGCAGACAGACCUGUGAGGCUUUGGAGCAGAAGAUCCAAAGUCAGUUGGCUGAAAGGAACGUGAGCCACCAGAAGAAGCUGUUAGAGCAAGAGAAGGGCUUCAAGAAAGAGCUUGAAGAAAAAGUGAGGAGUUUCCAGAGACAACUGGAAGAAAAAGAAAAGACCUUCCAGAAAGAGAUGGAAGAAAAAGAAAAGACCUUCCAGAAAGAGAUGGAAGAAAAAGAAAAGACCUUCCAGAAAGAGCUUUCCCAGGCAAACCAGAGCUUUAAGAAGGAGCUCUCAGACAGUCAGCUUCAGUCCUCAAAGGAGCUCUUCCUAUUGUCUGAGACUUGGGAGAGAAGAGCCCAGCAGUGGAAACAAGAAAAGAGAGAUCUGGAGGAGACGCUGCUGGUGAAAGAGAACAUACUGAAGCACAAAGAAGCAGAGGGGGUGAAAGCAUCUCUUGAUGAGUGGAAAAAGUCCACUAAACUGAAAAGCGUGGAAGAAAAGUGGCAGAGGAAAGUCAGCCAGCUUGAGGAAGUCCUCCAAGAGAAAGAUAAGCUGGUCAGCAGAGCUGAUGACAAAAGAGCUCAUGCUAAGGCUCACACUGACACUUUGGCCCAGCUGGACGCCACACAGUCAGCUCUGAAACAGAGCAGACAGACAUGUGAGGCUUUGGAGCAGAAGAUCCAAAGUCAGUUGGCUGAAAGUAAUGUGAGCCACCAGAAGAAGCUCUUAGAGCAAGAGAAGGGCUUCAAGAAAGUGCUGGAAGAAAAAGAAAGGAGCUUCCAGAAACAGUUUUCCCAGGCAAAACAGAGCUUUGAGAAGGAGCUCUCAGACAGUCAGCUUCAGUCCACAAAGGAGCUCUUUCUAUUGUCUGAGACUUGGGAGAGAAGAGCCCAGCAGUGGAAACAAGAAAAGAGAGAUCUGGAGGAGACGCUGCUGGUGAAAGAGAAAAUAUGGAACAAUGAAGAAGCAGAGAGGAAAAAGGAGCUCCAGCACCUCACAAAGAUUCCCUUCCAGCUUCAGCAACUGACAAAAGCAAAGGCAGAACCCAAGCAGAAGAAGAACUUGUGGAGCUGCAGGCUGCAGAAAUGGAACAGCAGCAAAGGCAGUUUUUCUGCUACUUGUCCUUUUCAGGACGACUCGCCUCCCUCAACUCACCCCACCCUUUACCCUAACCCCUAAGACCACCUCCUCUUCGUAUCUUUCCUUCUCUCUUUCUCUCUACUUGCUCCUACUUUCAUGUCUUUCUUGAAAACAGAAUUUAAAUAAAAU